GAGUCCUGCAUUACAUCACUGGUGGCCAGCUCCCGCUGGGGUGGGAAGAGGAAGCUUCAAAGAGCGAUUCCUAGACUGAUUAGGAUAAAGAAGGAAGAAGAAAAAGCCGGAGCAGGUUCGCGAAACUGGGGUGGGUGUGCCAGAGCAGAAAAUAUCUGGGCAGCCCCAUCCUCUGAGCUACUGGAGCUCUUCUUCCUCCUCCCGCCCUCCAAAGCCCCCAAACAAAACCAAAACAACCUCUAACAACCCGAGUGAAAGAGAUGCAUUAGGAAGGAGGGGUCACGAAAGGAAAAGGGGGGACGGCGAAGAGAGAGGUAGAGAUCUCCUCCCUCCCCCCACCCCUUCCCAUCAGUACAUCCACAGAAAGGAGACAGCAGCCAAAGGGUGCGAUUUUUUUAAAGGUGGGAAAGAAUCUCUUCUGUACCAAGGAAGCGCAUUAGCUGGCGGUGGUGCUGAAGGAAUCAAGAGAAGGGGGAGGAAGGCUCUCUCACCUUCCCCCCAGAUGAGAAGAUCAUGCCAUGGAAGAAUUGGCGACGACGGCCAGCAUCAGAGGCGGCAACCCGAGGCUAGGAAGCAGCAGCAGCAGCAGCAGCAGCAGUAGCAGUAGCAGUAGCAGAAACAGUCCUGCAGCAGGGGCGUCGGCGGCGGCAGCGGCAGCGGCAGCGACAGCGACAGCAGCAGUAAAGGGGAAAGGAGGAGAUGGGGAAGGAGGAGGCGGAGGAGGAAAAAGAGAGGGAGAAGGGGCAGCAGCAGCUGUGAACUCCCAGGAUGAGGAUUACGAGUGCAAGAUCUGCUACAACUAUUUUGACUUGGACCGGCGGGCCCCCAAGCUGCUCGAAUGCCUGCACACCUUCUGCCAGGAGUGCCUCAGCCAGCUGCAAAUCCGUGGGGCUGCCCAGCAAGAGCGCGAGCAACAGCAGCGGCCGCCCCCGGCCCCUCCGCCCUGGAGACCCGGGCCAGCGGCGGCUGCAGAAGCAGGGGCUGGGCCCGCCAGCCCUAGUCCUGGCUCUUCGGGCCUCGGGGGCAUUGCCUGUCCAGUGUGCCGCCACCGCACGGCCCUGCCCGACAGUCGCGUGCACAGCCUUCCAAACAAUACUAAGUUCGCCGAGGCCUUUCCGCUCUACAUACGCGCAGCGCAGGACCCGCUGCCUCAGGAUAGUCUCCCACCGCUGCCGCUGCCCCUUCCCCCGCCUAGGCGCACCGGAGGCGCCCAACCGCACCACCCGGCUCUUGGCCACCCUCACGCCCACCACCAUCCUCACCACCACGCCCACGCCCAUUCCCACCUGCCCCCACCUCUCGGGCAGCGGGAGGAGCCGGCCGGCGGGGCAGCCGCAGCUCCAGCUCCAGCGCCCGUUGCUGCCCCGGCCCAGGCCCCUGUGCCCCUCGGCCGUGGCGGCCUUGGCUCCUCUGCCGGGCCCGCGGGAGGGGGAGGCUACGAAAGCUGCCAGAACUGCAAGCGGGCGGCGCUGACAGCGGGAUGCGUGUGCGUGGUCUUCUCCUUCCUCUCCAUGGUGGUGCUGCUCUUCACCGGCCUCAUCUUCGUGAACCACUACGGCGGGGGCGGAGGCGGGGGCAGCGUGCCUGGGGCCUCCCCAGGCACCACAGGGGGCGGCUCGCCGUCGCCGUCGCCCGUGGGGCCCAUCUGCCUCUCAGUGGCCAGCAUCCUGGCCUUAUUCUCUGUCGUUGUCACUUGGGUCAUCUGUUGGCUCAAGUACCGGCCCGAAGGGGCGGCAGGGGGCUCGGCGGCAGUGGCCGCAGCUGGGGGCGGGGGCAGCAGCGGAGCUGGGGGAGGAGGAGGAGGAGGAGGCGGGGGCGGUGGCAGCGGCGGGGGCGGCGGUGUCCCUCGGGGCCGGGCUGCGGCCACUGCUGGUAGCCGGAGGAACAACACGUAACUAACCAGCUGCUAGCUUCUCCAACCCUGGAAUAGUCCUUGGAGGGUCUGGAAACCCUUACCUAUCCUUGCUAGCCGUCCCCCAAAGAUUCUGGAGAAACUUGGUUUCCCACUUCCUCUUGUCACUGCCCUCACCUUUCCAUCUCCUCUGAAGUACGAUCACAGUCUGAGAGGUGGGCAAUGCUGGCAGGCAUACCCCCUCCCCUUUUUACUACCCCUUUGUGUUUGCCAUUCUCUGCCCAACUGGUGUUAUUUACAUCACUUACUCCGAGUGCCCCUCUGCCUACAAUCCUUUUGAAUGAGAACCUGAUAAUAGAAUGAAGAGCAGGAUGGAAGAAAUCCAGACUGCCUUUGGGAAAAUCCUCCCUUAGACUGUGAAUACCCCUAGUUCGUGCGAACUAGGGUCCCCUGCUUACCUCGUACUCACAGUCACUCACGUGCACGCACGAAGUCCUCCUCACUUCCCCUUUGGUUUCACAAGAGUUUGAAAGGAGGAAGGAAAGCGACGCCCUUCAGGGCCAUCUUUCAAGCCUCUGUGACUAUACGGGUGUCGAGGUGAUGGUGCGGUGGUGGUGGUGGUGGAUGGGCUCCAAUCGAAAAGAUUGAGGAAGUGAAUGGGGCUAGGGGGCCAGGAAAAAACCCAGUGAGAGUCAGACCCCUCUGCUCCUCGACCUACCAGAAUGUGAGCAUGCUUACAUAAUGUGUGAUUUAUAAGGCACUGGGAAAAAAGGAUGAUGAGGUUUUAGCUGGGCCAGGUUAACUCCUCUGUACUUUCUCAGGGGCAUGGGGACCAGGAGUUGUGACAGGGAAGGCGAGCAGUGUGCGUGCGCGCGCAGGAUUGUGUCAGAAAGGCAAUUUACGCACCUAGUGGCCACUCACUAAAAACGAAGUUUCCCUUGACAGUUCAGUCUCUCCUGGAGAACAGUGAGGUCCCUGAGGCAAGUGGUUAGUCUUGAUGUUACUUAUGUGGGCCCAAAUUAUUUCAGCUACGGGAAGUGGACUUAAGAAGCCUAAAGUGCUCCUUACACUGGAACACACAUAGAAUCUUAUUUUUUGCUCCCAAACGGAACAUAAAAAUAAAACACAUAAAAAGCAGAGUAUGAUUAGUGUUCCAUACACAGCCCUCAUCCACUUUUCCUAUUUAACAUUUUAGACAAUUAAUUUAGAGAUGUUACUAUGGAAGUUGCUUUGUGCAUUGAGUUUCUCAAAACUGAGUUGAUAAGUAAUGAGAUUCCUCUUCAUCUAGCAUAUUCCUAACCUAACCAAACCAACAUUUUGGGCAAAACCCCCACCCCCAGAAAUUAAGUCAAAAUUUUAUACUGGGAAACAGACCCUGAGAUUAUAGUAAUUAAUUUCAAUUACAUAAUAAAGGAAAUUUGCAAGGUGCCAAAAUUCAAAUGGCACUAUUUUCCAUAACUAUGACAAUUUUCCCCUUAAUUAUUAAGAUUCUGUAUAAGUUCCUAAGCAAGAACAGUGUUUAGAAAAUUGUUUAUGUUUGACUGGUUGAUAUUUUUGUUGUAAUUAUUGAUAAAACUUCAUAUGUGAAGAGAGAUAAUAGAACAAAAAGGUUUGCACAUAUUCCUGAUUUUGUAACAACUUACUACAAAUAAUUGUUAGAGUAUAUGGGGGAGAGACUGAUGUUCCUUGGAACUUGGAUGUCCUUUUUUAAAACAAAAAAAAAUGAAGGAACAAUUAAUCAUUAUAAUGCAUAUUAAGUAGGAAAGAUUAUUUAUUCCAUGUUUCAGUAUUUUGGAGUGAGAUGAGUUUUAAUGCUUAACAAUAAGAAAUUACAGAUGGUAGUAUGUUAUUUCUUAUGUAUUUAUGCAAGCUGUCUGCAUGAUAUCCUGACCAAUAUUCUAUUUACAGACCCUUGAACAUUGAUAUUUAUCAUAAGGAUGCAAUAAUAUAAGUACUAUGUAAGAGGGGCAAGACAGCAAUUGAAGACACAGUACAAAGGUAUUUGAUAACACAGGAUGUGUGCAUUGUCCAGAUUAUCAACAUCCUAAAAUAUGUAUUUAUACAAAGAUUCGUUUUAAUUGCUCAAAGUACUUUGUGUGGCACUUGUAUACUCAAAAAAAUCCACAUCCAUUUUCUAAUCUAAGAGUUUAUAUGUUACUGAGAGGGGAACAAUUCACAAAUAUUAUUAUAGUCAUUUCAUGGAAUUUCCUUUAGGAAGAAAAUAGAAAAAAAUCAGUUUGGUUCUGUCAGAAUUCUUGGACUGAAGUUCAGCUCACCCAUCUACCAUCCUUAAAUCAGUAUUUUGAAUACAGUCAUAUGAGAUUUGUUUAUUUCUAGGUUCUUUGUUUCUCCUACAUUCUUACAUGGAAGCCUACAUUUCAUAGCAUUUUUUUUUGCAUUUUUCAUACAUAAAAUUAUGUGACAACACCUCUGUAUUUAUUUACAUUUUGUUCCUUUAUUUAUUUAUACAUGUACCACUAUUGCUUAAAUUAUGGGUGUAUUUAUAUCUGUUUAUUUAUUCAUGUUCAUCUAUAUCUGAAUUUACUUUUAUGUAGCACUACACAUAUGUAAGAACAUAUGUGUAUGUAAACACACUGGAAAAGUUUAUACUAGUUAUCCCACUUCCUUAAACCAACAACCUGGCAGGCUUUACAAAAGCUAUUCUGAGACUGACCUCCUGGUUCUUCAUUGGAACCUACUGCAUCUCAUCAACGUUGACUCAUGACAUACAGAAGGUGGGCUAAUGAAGCUAAAAAAGGUUACUUCAAAUAUGUUAGAUAUAUAUGUUCCAAGGAACCUUUAAAAAUGACUUUACCCAAGUCUAGUAAUAUUUGGCUUCUUUCAUGAACUAACCAGGACUCAUACAUUUCAUGUUCAUGGGAAAUUUUAGUUCAAAUCUUUGAUAAGAUCACAAUGUCCAAAUUCAAUAGACUAGCACCCACCACAUUUUAGAAGACACUGGUUCUAGCUGUCUUUGCUUGAUUAAUGAGAUAUUAAUUUCCAUUUACCCUCCAGUAGCAAGAUGAUGUGAUGCGGAAUAUUCAUUUUUACUUUCUGUUGGUUCUAUGAUACUUGGGGUGGGGGUCCUUCUGGGUCAGAAGAAUGUUGUAGUAUGUGCUGAUCAACUAUAGAGUCCUGUGAGGCCACCGUGGCUUAGAUUGUUACUGAACUAUCAAUCACCAGUGACCCAGUGCCUAUUACAGUGCCUUGCCUAUAGUAGUGACUCAAUAAACAGUUAUUUAAGGAAUGGUGUGGAGGAUUCCUACUGAGUAUGACUCGAUUUUCUUUCUUUUGGAGAAAGAAUAUUCAGGAACCUUGUGGAAUUCUGGAUCCCUUUAUAGUAAUUGAGUCAGUGCUUCCAAUAAAACCCUGGAAGCUAUCUCAGAAUCAUCCCCUGAGAAGCCAGAAGUUCACUUGUGACUUUGGAAAUGGCCAGGAAUUGGAGGUUUCAUGUUAGUAAUGGCAGUGUGUACUCAGUCUAGAUUUUGCCUGAACAAAAAUCACCCAGCUAUAUUUAGCACACCAUAUAGGAAGUUGACAUAACAUAUGGGAAAGAGCAUUUGUCCAGAUGUUAGGUCACUUAGAUUUUUGUUCUAAAGCUGCCUCUAUCUAACCUUGUGAUGUUGAGUAAACAACUUACACACUCUCUGCCUCAAUUUCCUCAUUUUUAAAAUGAAGAAAAUAAGUACUAGCUUGUCCUUACCUCAGAAAGAUGGUGAAGGUUUAAAUAUGAAAAUAGCUGUGGAGAGCCCUUUGAGUUUUUGUUUUUGUUUUUUUAAAGAGAGGCACACAUAAAAAUCAAAGAUAUUGUUACUGCAUUGCAUAAAAGGACAGGAGCCACUAUGAAGAAGGAGGACCUUUCCGUUUCUUUGUUUCAGUCAAAGAAAUUAUAGAAACAACUUCAGCUCCAUUUCUAAGCACUACAGGACUUAAAGACACCUCAAGUUAAUAUAGCAUUGUUUAGUUGUUGCUCUGUUAUGCAUAUUUCUGAACAUACUCUUAACAUUUGUCAUUAGAAGUUUCGUUAGAUUUCACCCAUCAAUCACUGCCCUUUCCACUUCCUUAUCUAAUGAUGAAGUCACUUGCUUUACACUUAAUUCCUUUGUUCAUGGAAAGAAGGAUUUAGGGUUUGGAAGGUACUUUAUUUACAGAUCAAUUUGCAUGAACAAAUGCAUCUAAUACUUGUUCCUAUUUAUAUCCUUUAUGUCAUUUCACUUUCUCAAUGUAUAUUUACAUUUCAAAUUUCCUGUAUCAUCUAGAGACAGUUCAAUUCAUAUCAUUUGACAGAGCAAUAUAUCCUCUGCUGACUGUGCAUUAAUAGUUCUUCUUUGAAACCAAGAAUUUUUUAAAAUUUGUUUUUUAGGAUGUAUAUUUUGUUUCCAAGAGAUACAUGUAGAGAAGUCAUGCUAAAACCGAUUUUAGAUUGGGACCUAAAUAUGUUGGAGUAAAUACUUGUACAUUUUUCUGAUGUUGUAUUAAUGAAUCAUUUUCUUCUGUCUAAGCAACAUGAAUAUAUAAAGAUCACAUUGCUCGAUCACAGAGAUGCUUGAAUAUGAACCAUUUCCUGCUCAUUAUUACUACUUUGACCCAAAGAGAAACUCUUUUAUUUGUGUCCAACUCUUCUUGACAGAGGUCCAUGGAGUUUUGUUGGCAAAAUACUGGAGUAGUUUGCUAUUUCCUUCCCCAGCUCAUUUUACAGAUGAGGAAACUGAGACAAACAGAAGUUAAGUGACUUGCCAAGGUCUCACAGUAAGUUUCUGAGGCAAGUAGAAAACAUUCUUCUUGCUUCAUCAUUUACACAAAUUCCAACUGUUCUAUUCCAUGAAAUUUACAAGAAAGCUUCCAAAUGGAAAAAAAAAUAGGCAACAGUUGUGCUCCCCCCAGAAAAAAAGGGAAAAAAACCUCUUUGGCUUCAGCAACUAUAAAUUCACAAAUUUCAUUCAAAGCAUGUGUGCUUUCAACUUAGAAAGUGUGCCUUUCUAUAUUGCAGGCACUGCAAAGUAAACAGGAAUGAUGGGAGUGAGGAGAGAAGUGGAAAGGGAAGAGAGAGAGGACCCCUAAAUCAGGAAGGAAAUCUAUAAAAGAAGCUAUUCCUAAAUGAGAGCUUCAGAACCCAAUGAUUUAGAAAUCUAAGGGCUAGGGAGAGAACCCACCCCAACACCCUCUGUCCUGGGUUCCUGGGGAUCCUUCACAUGGGAAAAGAGCUGACUCACCAAUCAGCCCUGAGCCUCUCACAGUAGAUAGAGAAGCAUCAAACUAGGUUGUAAAAUGUUAUUUUCCCCUAGACUCAUAGAAGUUAAAUUGGUUAGAACCCAGUCUAGGGAAGCCAAAGACUUUUUGCUUCUGGCUCAAAUGAAUAUUUGCCAUUUUGUGUGAACAAUAAAUAACUUAGUUUAUAUUCACAAACAUAAAUAUAUAUUUUUAAAUGAUGUUGAACAAAAUUUAAGUGAUGGAAGAUCUAGAGAUAUGAUAAUAUCUAGAUUAUAUGAAGGCUUGGAGUCCUUGAGCCAUACUACCCAUUACCACAAAGACCAAGGCAAAGUUCUACAGGGGAAAUGAAGCAUUUGUGUACUUCUAGUUUUAUUGAACUUAUAGAAAACUGCUGUCUUUAAAGUUAGUUUUAAACAUUUUUCAAACGGAAGGUUCACUCCUUUUCAUUCAGUGGUGACCCCUGGAGUGUCUCCCAAUUCUUAUAGACCAGGUUUCUUAAGAAACUGAUUGAGGCAUGAUAGCGAGAACUUGGAUUUAUUUGGUUUGCUUUGUUUUAAUUGGCAGAGUAUGACAAAAUGAAGAUCUAAUGUAUCAAUAGUAUUAAAAAUUUGACCACAC